UCGUCACGCUGAGAGGUAAGCGGUGCUCUGCGAUCGCGCGCUCUCAUUCGCUGUCCUGACGGCUCGCGCUGCGUUUGGGUCGAUCGUGCCGGUGCGGAUCGGAGACCUGCGACAGAUCGCGCUGCGUUUUUACAAAAAAUUAAAAAAUCAACAACCGAGAAGGUUCCACCUCAUCCAGCGAGACUUCUUACAGCUACGUCUGUUCUGUUCCAAUCUCCUUUCGCAACAGAAAAAAACAGACCUGUCCAAACAAGUGGGACUGACGAGGGAACAGCUGCACUAAAGCGCUGGGACGAUGACGGCCUUGGAGCUGGACAACGUGGGGAGUCAGUUCCGCUUUGCGGAGGCCUGCGUGGGGUUUUUGGGGUGCCUGUUUGUGGGGUACGCUGUGUGCACCCCCUGCUGGCUCGGGGACACGGGGCUGUGGACGGUGGGGAACAGCUCCAAACCGGAUGCUGGCCGGAUGCAGGAGGUUAUUUUCAAAGCGUUGGAGGCGGAGCAGGUGUUCGGCGUGCUGUCCUGCCUGAUGGCCCUGGGUUCGGGGGUCCUGUGCCUGGUCUUCGCCUGCUGCUGGACGUCCCAAACGGUGCGGUCCUACUCCAACACCCGCUCCCUCCUGAUGGCGGGCCAGGCGCUGUUCCCCACCACACUGAUGCUCAUCACGCUCGCGCCCACAGGGUUCUUCUUCCUGGUGUGCUGGUCCCUCUUCACCCGGCAGCACUGGGCGGAGAUCGGCGCCGACCCCGGGCUGCUGGGCUCCUCCUAUUGGCUGGGCGCGGCGGGCUGGGCCCUGCUGCUGGGCGUGCUGCCGGCGGUGUUCCUGGUGGAGCAGUGCGUGGUGCCCGACCCGCUGCCGGAGCUGUGCAAGGCGGCGGAGGCCUGGUGGAGGAUGAGGGUCCCACUGCCCUGCGAGUCCCGCUCCUACAGCGAGGGCCACGCCCACAGAGACUCCGCCUUCGCCCGCGGAGAGAAGAGGUACAUGUCCUUCCCCUGACCCCCGGACAGUCCCGUCGAAAACACGUGCCACGGUCCUCUCGUCUGAUUGGCCCAGGGAACAGUCCCGUCAAAAACACGCGCCACGGUCCUCUCGUCUGAUGCGGUCGCUCAAAUGUACUUUCGCCAAAUCUUUUGUCCGAUUGGCUUGGAGGACAGGCCCAUUUAUUGUUUUCGCCCAGAUCCCGACAUUUGGUCUAAAAGAUGGGUCGUUUAAGGGUCAGUAAGCAGGGUGGUGACUGUGGACUUUUUGCGAUGGCUCGCUGUGGGGGGGGGAAUUCCGGUGGGUUUCCAUGGCAGCCUCUCGCUUCGUUCUGACGCGUUGGCAGCCAGCGGGACUGAAGGGGAAGGAAAGGAUCCCUCACUGCCACACGUUCAGCACUCAGCCACGCUAUUGGCUACGCCAGGCAACCAAUGACUGUCCUCGGCAGAACCACUGCCCCCCUGUGGAGUCUGCGGAGGCCCACGGCGAGAGGAGGAGGAGGAAGAGGAGGAAGAAUUACUUCCUUAUGAAUGGGGGAUGCCAGGGGGUUUUGUGGGGUGUUUAUGAGGACAUGCACCAGCAAAACGUAUGUGUGUUUGAGUGAGUGUGAGUGUGAGCGUGUGUGCGUGCGUGCAUGUGUGCGUUUUUGUGCAUGUGUGCGUGUUUGUGUGUGUGUGUGUGU